AUGUCUGUGGAAGAAGUUACGCAACAAACCCAGGAUUUGAACAUCGAAAAGCCAUCCACCGUUCUGUCGGAUGAAAAAGAGUUCCAAUUGAAGCACCCUUUGAACUCGAAGUGGACCCUAUGGUACACCAAACCUCCUGUGGACAAAUCUGAAUCCUGGUCCGACCUACUACGUCCUGUCACCUCCUUCGAGACCGUGGAGGAAUUCUGGGCUAUUCACAACGCUAUUCCAAAACCUCGUUAUUUGCCAUUCAAGUCGGACUACCAUUUGUUCCGUAACGACAUUAGACCUGAGUGGGAAGACCCAACUAACGCCAAGGGUGGGAAAUGGACCCACCAGUUCUGGGGCAAGACUCCAGACAUUGACGAUCUAUGGAUGCGCGCGCUGCUCGCAGUCAUUGGUGAGACUAUCGAUGAAGACGACUCCGAGAUCAACGGUGUAGUCAUCAACAUUAGAAAAAGCGCUUACAAGAUCGCUAUCUGGACAAAAUCUGCCGAUAAGAAAGAAGCUUUGACCAGAAUUGGUUCUAAAUUCAAGACUGUCUUGAAGCUAGGCGACGAUGCUCAACUGGAGUUCUUGCCUCACUCCACUGCCUCUGAAAAACACCCCCAACCAUCCCUAGUUUUGUAA